AUGCAGUCCGGAAUCUCAGUCUCCCCCGAACUCCACAAUGCCUUCACAUCCUUCACCUCGGACGACUCCAUCUUCUGCCUCCCCGUCACAAUCACCACCGAGAGUCUCCAACCCCUGACCCCCAUUCCCUUCUCCACCCCCAACGACUUCUACGCCUCCCUCCCCAAGUUGGCCUCGAUCCUCGAGCCCAAAACCCCCCUCUACCUCCUCCUCCGUCGUCCCUCGUCCUCGGCCGCCCCCGCCCUCAUCGCCCUCACCUACAUCCCAUCCAAUGCCCCCGUCCGAGCCAAGACCCUCUUCGCCUCGACCCGCGCCACCCUAGCCCGCGAACUCGGCACCGAGAAAUUCGGCGCCACCAUCUUCGCGACGGAGGAGGACGAGGUCGUCGGCGAGGAAGCCUGGCGCGAGAGAGAUGCCGAGACCGACGGGUCGACCGGCGUGGCCGCCGCCCAGCGCGAGCAGCUAAUGGGUGACAAGGAGCGCGAGCUGGACGCUGUCCGUCGCGCCGAGGACGAGGCCCGCUCCGGUACCCCUGGUCGGGAUAUCGGCAUCGGGGGCUCGUUCAACCGUGCGGGUGGGCCGUCUGGGAUGCGUGUGUCGAUGCCUGUUGAGGAGGAUGCUAAGGAGGCGCUUGCUGGGCUGCAGCAGGGUGGGUUGGUGCAAUUGGCUAUCGACAUCCCCCGGGAAACGUUCACGCUGGCUGCCUCCGACGCCGGCGUCAACGCCGGCUCCGUGCAGUCGCACAUCUCGCCCUCGGCUCCCCAGUACACGUUCUACCACUAUCCCGACUCGGACGUCGUCAUCUUCGUGUACACCUGUCCGUCCGGGUCGUCGAUCAAGGAGCGCAUGCUGUACGCCAGCUCCCGGAUGUCUGCGCUGCAGCUGGCCCAGCAGCAGGGGCUCAACAUUUCGAAGAAGAUCGAAGCGUCGUCGCCCGACGAGAUCACCGAGGAGAGAUUGCACGAGGAGGUGCACCCGCCGCGCAACGACGGCAUCAACCGGGGAUUCGCGCGACCGAGAAGACCGGGCCGGUAA